AUGAAAAAGAAGAUUGAUAGAAGGAUUCAGAAGGGAAAGACGUUUACAGUUUACCCGAUUAACGAUUACCGGUUUCUGGUUCGUGGAGACAAAAUUGAAUGUAUGGUUGAUUUGGUGAGACGCACAUGUUCUUGUGGAAAAUUCGACUUGUUAAAGAUCCCAUGCAGGCAUGCCAUAAAAGCCGGUUUUAGUGUAGGCAGACAAGUUCACAGUCUGACUGACGAGAAGUACACAACCUCUUCUUGGAUCUCAGUUUACGAGGAAAGCAUAAAUCCGAUAAGUGUUCCUGGAGAUGCAUGGAUUGUCCCAGAACAUGUGGAGAAGGCAAAAGUUCUUCCUCCAGAGAGUAGAAGAGCAGCAGGAAGGAGAAAGAAACGAAGAUACAAGACAGUUGAAGACAAGAUUCAUUCACAAGGAAGUAACGGUUCCACAAAAGGUUCCACAAAACGCAAAUGCAGUAGGUGUGGGAUUGAAGGGCACAAUAGGUCGACUUGUGAUAGAGCAAUAUAG